AUGGCCGCGGCGCUGCGCAGCGGGCGCCGCUUCUUCCAGCCGCUCGGCCUGGGCUACCCCGGCUGGCUCGGCUCCCUCGGCGCAGCCAUGCAGCAGCCCCCGGCUCCGGCGGCCCGGCUGGGCAGCCCUGAGCGCGGUGCCGCCGCCGCGGGAGGCGGCGGCUGGCUGGAGGCGCUGCGCUUCGACAACCUGGCGCUGCGCUCGCUGCCCGUGGACGCCUGCGAGGACAGCGCGCCGCGGCCGGUGCCCGGCGCCUGCUUCUGCCGGGUGCGGCCCAGCCCGGUGCAGAACCCGCGGCUGGUGGCCAUGUCGCUGCCGGCCUUGGCGCUGCUGGGGCUGGAGGCGGCCCCUUCCGCGGCCGAGCAGGAGGCCCUGGAGGCCGAGGCGGCGCUGUACUUCAGCGGGAACCGGCUGCUGCCGGGCUCGGAGCCGGCGGCGCACUGCUACUGCGGCCACCAGUUCGGCAGCUUCGCGGGGCAGCUGGGCGACGGCGCCGCCAUGUACCUGGGCGAGGUGCUGGGCCCACGGGGCGAGCGCUGGGAGAUCCAGCUGAAGGGCGCCGGGCUCACCCCCUUCUCCCGACAAGCUGAUGGUCGUAAAGUGCUGCGGUCAAGUAUACGAGAAUUUCUGUGUAGUGAGGCUAUGUUUCACCUAGGAAUACCAACAACAAGAGCUGGAACAUGUGUGACAUCUGACUCAAAAGUUGUUCGUGACAUAUUUUAUGAUGGAAAUCCAAAAAAUGAAAGGUGUACCAUUGUCCUGAGAAUAGCUUCAACGUUUAUAAGGUUCGGGUCUUUUGAAAUUUUUAAACCUAAUGAUGAACAUACGGGGCGCAAAGGUCCUAGCGUUAACCGAAAUGAUAUUCGAAUACAAUUGCUUGACUAUGUGAUCGGCACUUUCUAUCCAGAAAUCCAGGAGGCCUAUUCUGACAACAGUAUUCAGAGAAAUGCUGCUUUCUUUAAAGAGAUAACAAAACGGACAGCAAGAUUGGUUGCUGAGUGGCAGUGUGUUGGUUUUUGCCAUGGCGUGCUGAAUACAGAUAAUAUGAGCAUAGUUGGACUAACUAUUGACUAUGGCCCUUUUGGAUUUAUGGACAGAUAUGACCCUGAACACAUUUGCAAUGGUUCUGAUAAUACAGGGCGCUAUGCUUAUAAUAAGCAGCCAGAAAUUUGCAAGUGGAAUCUAGGGAAGCUUGCUGAAGCUUUAGUUCCAGAGCUGCCUCUGGAAAUAAGCGAACUCAUCCUGGAAGAGGAAUAUGAUGCAGAAUUUGAGAAACAUUAUUUGCAGAAGAUGAGGAAGAAGCUAGGCCUAAUUCAGCUGGAAUUAGAAGAUGAUGAUAAGCUGGUGUCUGAACUUCUUGAAACUAUGCAUCUCACAGGUGGGGACUUCACAAAUAUUUUCUACUUGCUGAGUUCAUUCUUAGUAGAUUUUGAUCCUCAAAGAUUGGAAGAUUUCUUGGAGAAGCUAGCAAGUCAGUGUGCUUCCAUGGAAGAAUUAAAAGUUGCUUUUAAACCUCAGAUGGAUCCAAGACAACUAUCAAUGAUGCUAAUGUUGGCUCAGUCUAAUCCUCAGUUGUUUGCAUUAAUUGGAACAAAAGCUAAUAUAAAUAAAGAAUUAGAGCGCAUUGAACAAUUCUCUAAACUGCAGCAGUUAACAGCAGCUGACUUACUCAGUAGAAAUAAAAGACAUUGGAAAGAAUGGCUGGAGAAAUACAGAGUCCGUUUACAAAAAGAAAUAGAAAACGUUAGCAAUGCUGAUGUCUGGAAUACCAGUCGUGUGAAGGUUAUGAAUUCAAAUAAUCCAAAAUACAUCUUGAGAAAUUAUAUUGCCCAGAAUGCCAUAGAAGCAGCUGAAAAUGGCGAUUUCUCAGAGGUAAGAAAUGUAUUGAAACUUCUAGAGAAUCCAUUCCAAGAAACAGAAGGUUUCAGGGAGGUAAAGGAAGAAGCAGAAGAGGGAACAAUUGCUGCAGCAGCUGCUUGUGCUCAAGUGACCAGAAGUAGACUACCAUAUUGCAGUAAACCUCCACUCUGGGCUUCAGAGCUCUGUGUUACAUGAUCUUCGUAACUGCCUUGUUUUAUUUUUUGCUGUAAACUGAGGAUUCUAAUCCUUCUUCAGCAGUGAAGAAUUCAGCAAGGCAAACAUGAAAGUGCUAUGAAGUUACUGAAAACAACCCUACAUUUGGAUGUAUGUGCAACAGUCUUCAGCUGUGCAUAAUUUGAAGCAAUCAUGGAUCAUGUGUUUAAUUAAACCAAUGACAAUUGGCAGGCCAUAUACAUCAUUAAUUUAAAUGAUCAGAGACUGAAACUUCUCUGUAUUCAUACUACACUGCAAGUAGAAAGCAAUAUUUUAUGUUGAAGCACACAGAACUUUGAAUAUCCAAAUGGAGUUGUUCUUAAGUGAAGACAAAAAUAGCAAGUCAGGAAUCUGAUCUGUUUUUGUCCGAUGUCUUAACUAAUAGUACUUCUACCAUUUAUUUACUGCUUUUCCUAUGCAGGGACUUCUGAUCCUCUUUAAUGGAGGAAUAGGUUCAGUGUUGCUUUUUUGAAGCUAUGUCUCAUUUAAUUAUGUAGUUCAUUUCUUGUGAACCUUCAAGAUGAUAUUUAAUCAUUAUCUAUUUCUAGAGAAUUUGUGCAGGCUAGGGUUUGGGGGGGAACAAGCAAAUCUUUUUUUUUUUUUUUUUUUUAAUAAAAGAGCAGAAUUAAGGGAGAGUAUUUAUUUGCACUUGAAAAUCAUGGUGGAAAAGUUUAUUCAGGUUCAGUAUGUUUGCAUAUAAUAUGCACAUGUACAAAUACUUGCAAAAAAUCAUGGCUACAGUUUAUGAGCUAGUUGAUACAAUCAAGGUCAGUUAGCCAAAUUAGCUUAAACCCCGUAAACUACCCAGUACCAAAUACAGGUUCAUUGGCUAUUUUACUUGUAUAUUCUUAACAUAGUAUGUUAAGCAUGUAGGUGAGGAACCUGUUUCUUCACACUAGUCAGUGGGACUUUUCCAUUCCCACUUUGGUCUUCUACCAGUUAUUUUCAUUCCAUAGUCUUCAAAAAAUUCUACUCUGAAUGUUGUGAUUCAGGAGAAGUUUAUUUGAGCUUGUGUAAAGGAUUUUCUGCUUGUUAAUUUUAUGCUGUUUUGUUUUGAGACUGUUCAAAUAUUUGAGGUAGUUAGGGAGAAGUUGAAAACUUAGUAUCAACUUACUUUUAAUAGCAGAAGGUUCCCUCUUGCUAAAGCCAUCUGAAGUAGGUAUGAAUAUAGAAAUUGAACAGAGAAUUGUUUUGCUUAAAACUUGAUUAGCAUGACUAUUACAGGAGAAUGGAGCAAUGCAAGUUGAGUAAGUGUAAACAUUUGAGAAAGGAAGGUGCUUAUUUUAAAGUUGAUAAAAUAAGACUUUUAUUAAUAACUUUGUGCUUGAAGCUUUCUCUUGUUUCUGGUCAGCUCAGAUCAUUGCAGAGGUCUCUAAGAAUAUGAAACUUUCCUAUUUAGGCACAGUAGUCAGUUACUUGCUCAGAAAUUAACCCAUUGCUGUAUUUUAUAUCUGCUUUAUUUUCUUGUGUCUAACUUAAUCAGUAAAAUUGACCUUCUAUACCUGACAGAAGGUAUACCUGAUACUUCAAAGUAACUUGCUAAAAAUUUUAUCCUUAAUGGCUGUUAUUACUAUAAUCUCUCUUAAGCAUUUCUCACUUACAUAGCUUGCCUAUAGAAUUAAUGGGAAACCAUCGGAUUGCCAGGAACAGACUUCUACAGUUGCUGUCUCUUUUCUUUCUUUUAAAGAAGGCAGAAUAACACUAAAUGUCUAUAUUACAAGCAAUUUCUGCUCUAAUUGUCAGAAUCUCUGAUCAUACUGAGAGAUGUUGGUUGCUAUUAUUGCCAUCUCAGUUAAAAGGGGAAAAUUGAUCUUUUAUGAACCUCUUUGUAGAAGGAACUGUUACUGGUACAGACAUCUGAAGACUUUUUUUUAAAAAAAAAGUGUGACUUCAUGCAAAGAUUUCACUUUUUUCCAAAGAGACCGCUGUCUUACACUGUGAGUUUAAGUGUAUUUUAAAUUCUUCGUCCUCCUCACGUUCAGAUGCAGGUUUGGUAUUAACUCAGGUUGAAUUGUUCUAAGUCUUCCUCAAAAUACAAACUAUGGAAAAAAAAACAGAAUGGUUGAGCUACUGUUUAUCUGUCUGCAUUAAUAAUCCAUUUGUCCUGGUUGCUACCACAAUAAAUAAUAGCUGAUGCCUUGAAUAGGAACAUUCAA